GAUGAGGGGAAUCAGGGGCAGGCUGAUGUCAUUCCAGCUGCCAUUCAGCUUGGCAAGAACUAUUCGCGUGGCAAGAAGCAUGGCGUCUCAGUCUCGAACGGUCUAGCUGCAAAGCAGGUGCGCGAAGCCGCUAGCAUUCAGAGCCUGGCCAGCUCCUUGAACCACAACAUUGCCCGUGUCGCUUUUAGCAGGCAAACCUACAGCUAUUUCAACCAAGCUGAUGGAACCGUUGCUGGUUUCCAAUCCUACGGCCGCAGCGAUUCACAGCUGAAGCGAUACAAGCAG